UUGCGGCUUUUGGCCAAAGAGCGCUUUCGCUGUUCAUGGAGGUCUAGUGCUGCUGGGUUAGUGCUGUUGCGAGCCUGGCUAAAAAAACUCUUUUGACCGAUACCACCGAGAGAAAAUGGGCUGCGAAGACGAAGUAAUGAAAAUCGCCAAGCGUUUGGACAAAAUGGCCUCUGGCUCCAGCGACGACCAGACGCAAGCUUUGGAUCUCCUCAAGAAUCUGCAAGAGCUGCCAAUCACGUUGGAGAUCCUCCAGCGGACACGCAUUGGCAUGACAGUCAACUCAUUACGCAAGUCAAGUAACGAUGAAGAAGUAAUCACAUUGGCCAAGGUUCUCAUCAAAAGCUGGAAGAAGCUACUUUCGGGGACACCCAGCUCCAAGGAGGCCCCUGCCAAGGAGCCUGAGCCCAAGCCAAGUGCAUCUGCCAAGCACUCGGCAGCAGCUGCUGGCAGGCCCAAUGCCAAGCAGACCUCCUUCCCCGCUGACACCACAAAUGCUGUGCGGCUCAAGUGCCGUGAACUUCUGAGUAGUGCACUCAAGUGUGAGGAUAUGCCUGAAGAUUGCGACCUGGACGGCCUGGCAGCCAAGAUUGAGGAAAGUAUUUAUAACGAAUUUGGUGAUACAAACAAUAAAUACAAGAACCGGGUGAGAAGCCGUGUCUCCAACCUGAAGGACAGCAAGAAUCCUGCCCUGCGGCUUAACGUGCUGCAUGGUGCUAUUGAACCUGAGCGCAUUGCCCGAAUGACUGCUGAGGAGAUGGCGAGUGAUGACAUGAAGCAGCUGCGGCAACGCCUGACCAAGGAGGCCAUCAACGACCACCAAAUGGCGACGACUGGCGGUACCAAGACUGACCUGCUCAAAUGCGGCAAGUGCAGGAAGAACAAUUGCACCUACAAUCAGGUGCAGACACGCAGCGCUGAUGAACCCAUGACCACUUUCUGCUUCUGCAAUGAGUGUGGCCACCGGUGGAAGUUUUGCUGAGCCCUGGACGACGGUGGACACAUCUGAAUUGGCCAAACAAGCCACAGUGUUUGGCCAACGCAGUGUAUCUCUAUUCAUUAUGACUCUUUUUCUUCCCUGCUUGAGUCAUGUUGCAUGCUCAAACGACACCUGCAUCAUCUGAAAAAGAAAAUAAUUAUGCAGUGUUUCAUCCAAAAAAUGAAAAAAACAGCUGUUAUGCCCCUUCUCUCAUCAGUAAAGCUGAACAUCCAUUGUGGAGGCCCACAAGAGUUCUGGCUCUUGAAUACCCAUACGCUUGCUUGGAAAGCGCCCAAACAGCAAAACGAAUGAGUGUUAGAAAGUGAAGCAAAAUGUGUCCAUCUUUGAAACCAUAGUGCUCCUGACCGGACCAUACCAAAGCUGUUGAAUUUUGGGCCACAUUGUUAAGUCCUUUGCGUCCAAAAAAAAAACUGGUCGCUGUAGGGUGUUCUCAUUUCAAGAACAGUUGGGGAAUGGUUUCUGUAGAUAGCAGUCAAGGACACCACAGUGUCACUCCUUCUUUUUGUCUUUAGCACCCUCAGCUGAACCACUUAUUAACUGUUGUUGUACUGUAAGAAGCUUGUUAUGAUUUUCACAUGCUUGUCAAAUCAUCCCGGCACCAUUCAGUAAUAUAGUUAUGUACAUUACUUUAUUUGUGUGUGUGUUUUUGUGUUGAGCAUGGCAAUUCUUUAAAUUAUUCGGCUUGCAUGCAGUGAUAGUCACUACAUCCAUCUUACUUUCUUCACGGUACGUACAGCUCUUCUGUUGCACUAUUCUACACAUGGCAGCCACAUUUAUGAAGGGCAGGGUUCCAUAUUAGAAGCACCAGCACUGGAAAAGUGCUUCAUCCUCUGACGUGUUAGCUUGGAGCAGCUGAGAACAGUGUCACACAGAAAGUUGCCCUCACUCAUUGCUGUUUACCAGCAAGCAUCAAUCAAAACAAUGACGUAGCAGGUGCUUGCACAGCACUAUGUGUCAUUUGUUCUUUCUUUUUAUGGUGAUGCAAAAUUCUGACCCACGUCCAUGACUUGUCUGAAUAAAGCAUAAAAUUUGUGCACACGA